GCCCGAAACGUCAGCUUUUGUGCUCCUGAGAUGCUGCUUGGCCUGCUGUGUUCAUCCAGCCUCACAUUUUAUUAUCUUGGAAUCUCCAGCAUCUGCAGUUCCCAUUAUCUCUGUUACUGCUGCUCCCAGCUGCUUAUGUAAAGUGUGUGUGUGUGUGUGUAAAGCUGACUAUGAUCAGCAUAGCCUGCACACAGCACUGCUGACGGACAGCAAUUGGUUAACUGUUGUACAGUGCCUGAGAGACCACCAUCACCGAAAUUUGCUGCAGCUUUACUAUUAUUUUGUUAUUUUUGGCCAGCUGAGCAGCUGUGGCACUUGGGUGUGUCUGUUGAAAUCGAAGUUUUUAAGGAGCAGACCGUUUGCAGCAGGCUUGAUGACAUUCACAGUUCCCCAAUCUGGCUCUGCACACCAGCAGUCAGAAUGCCACUUCUGUUGGUGAUUUAUUCCUGAUGGUCCUUGAAUUGGAAAAAAAAAUGCUACAGAGUGGAAGCUUCCAAGGGAAGGGCGGUUGGUGCCUGUGAUACCAAGCUCAAUCUCCGAGGCGAUAGAGAUGGGAUGUAGCUCGUCAGCUGUCAUGGAAAAUCAGUCAAAGAGAUCCGACAGAGAUUCUUUUGUUCAGUUGCCUCCCAGGCUGAUGAGUUGGCAAGAACUCCCUCUCCUUUUGCAGAGCAUGAGUUUAUGAAGAAUUCCAAUUACAGAGUGCACUGGUCGGAAGUGUCAGUGAUCUUAAGGUGGACACCCAAUGGCGAAUUGUGAUUUUGAGAAUUUGCAGAUCUGUCCUUCACCUCCUGCUGUGACACUGCGGACAGCGGAUGAGAGUGUCCCUGGUUUGGCAAUGAACCCAGCGAUAAAUUCAAUUCAAAAAUCCUGUGCACGUUAUGCCACUGCUUAAGCAGCAGAGUGCGGUAAAGAAGCCAAAGCGAGGAGGACACUAUGUGUCCAGGAGCUGGGAAGAGCCCAGUCAGUGCAAUUAAAGCAGCCAUCCUGAUUCAGGGUUGGUAUCGUCGUUAUGUGGCACGAAUGGAAAUGAGACGUCGCUACACUUGGAGCAUUUUUCAAUCUAUUGAGUAUUCAGGAGAGCAAGACCAAUUGCAGCUGUCCCACUUCUUUUCAUUUCUAAUGAACCACUAUGUGCAGUCAGGCGAGACAGGCGGUGACUGGCUUUCCCAUCUGUUGACCCCAUCAGGACACCCGGGCGACAAUUCAGACACUGAGCAGGAGGCGGAAUACGAAAGCAUCAAUGUUCCUGAUUCCUACACCGGCCCUCGACUGUCCUUCCCUCUGACUGUUGCAGAUGCCAGCACAUUGCUUAAAACAUUCAAACAGCAGCAACAGCUUCAUGGCCGCUACGUGCUGCAGCUCCUGCAUGAAACCAGGAAGACCUUGAAACAGAUGCCGAACAUCACGCACAUUUCAACAUGCUACUCCAAGGAGAUAACCAUCUGUGGAGAUUUACAUGGGAAAUUAGAUGACCUGAUGUUAAUAUUCUACAAGAAUGGUCUCCCCUCCCCCGAGAAACCAUACGUGUUUAAUGGGGACUUUGUCGACAGGGGGAAGAAUUCCCUGGAGGUGAUCAUAAUCCUGUUUGCAUUCCUCUUGAUCUACCCAAACGAUGUGCACUUAAACCGAGGGAAUCAUGAGGACCACAUUGUGAACCUGAGAUAUGGUUUUACAAAAGAAGUUAUGCAAAAGUACAAGGCCUGUGGGAAAAAAAUUCUCCGCCUGGUGCAGGAUGUGUUCAGUUGGCUGCCGUUGGCAACAAUCGUUGACUCGAAGGUGCUGGUUGUCCAUGGAGGAAUCUCAGACACAACUGACCUAGACUUCCUGGCCUCGAUAGACAGACACAGGUUUAAAUCUGCACUCAGGUCACAGGCCAGAGCCUUGGAAAACCCGAAUGAGAAAAGCUCAACGAAUCUCUGCCUCAAGGCACAAACUUCGAGCAGGCUGGACAAGAAUGGGAAUGUCCGACGGAAGCUGCCAGAAACUUCCAGCAUUUCCGCGACUGAUCCUUCCUCCUUUCGAAAGCAGAGGCUAGUGAUCUCAUCACACUCCUCUGGGUCCAGCCUGAGUAGGUCUGAUGGUGAGCAGGAUGGAGGGAAGGAGGAAGGUGUGCUCCAACAUUAUUCCAACCAGGAACGACUGCCAGAUGGGGGACACCGCUUCACUCCAAUCCUUGAAGUGUCCUGCUUGGACUGCGAAGUGGCAUUUCCUAAUGACUUAUUGAGAGAGGAGAUGGAAUGGAAGCAGAUCGUAGACAUACUUUGGAGUGAUCCAAGGAACUUCGUUGGCUGCAUCCCAAACAGCUUCCGAGGCGGGGGCUGUUAUUUUGGUCACAAUGUGACAGAAAGCCUGCUGAGAAGGUACGACUUAGAGCUGCUGAUACGGUCGCAUGAGUGCAAACAGGAAGGCUAUGAACUCUGCCACAACAGAAAGGUCAUCACCAUUUUCUCCGCCUCGAAUUACUACGAAGAGGGCAGCAAUCGAGGGGCUUACAUCAAACUCGGUCCCAAUCGGGUACCUCGUUUUGUCCAGUACCGAGUUAGUAAAAGCACAAGGAAACUGACUCUUCGGGAGAGGGUAAGCGUAGUUGAAGCAUCAGCCCUGAAGUCCUUGCGUGAAAAGUUUUACGCACACAAAUCUGAAGUUAUCGAUGCCUUCAAACAAUAUGAUAAAGAUCAGACAGGCAAGAUUUCUACCAGUCAGUGGGCAUCAGCAGUGGAAUCGGUGCUCCAUUUACACCUCCCCUGGAGAACUCUACGCUCCAGGCUGGUGCGGGUUGAUGCUGAGGGCAGUGUGGAUUAUCUUUCCAGCUUUGAGGAUCUCCAGAUUGAGCAGCCUAUGAAAGAGGUUCAACCAAACCUGAUCGAGACUCUGUACCGGCAUCGGGCAGACCUAGAAAUCAUCUUUGGAAUGAUUGAUAAAGAUCACUCAGGAAUGAUCUCCAUUGAGGAAUUUCGCCAGACCUGGAAAUUGUUCAGCUCCCACCUGCACGUCAACUUGGAUGAUGAGUGUAUUGACGGUCUGGCUCGCAGUAUUGACUUCAACAAGGAUGGCAGCAUAGAUUUCAAUGAGUUUCUGGAGGCUUUCCGAUUGGUGCAGAAAGAUAACCAAUAACAUUGCAAGAAGAGAGUGUCAGGAUCAUAUAAAUAUUCAUCAAAUGGUACUUGCCUGUGUCCAGUUUCAACUAAAUAUCCAUUUGUACAACUCUUGCAUAUUAAGACACAGGAAAUGUACAUAUUGUGUUGUAAU